GCGAAUCAAUGAGCAUUGCGAUCACGGCAAGAAGAACGAUGAGAUGUGAUUUUUUAGCUGUAGUUCCUGAAUGCUGAUGGCUUUUAGGCGGCGAUUGUUAUGUAAUGUUGAGAAGGGCGAAGGGAUUUGAUGAAUCAGUUGAGCGCUACUUUGCAAUGAAAAUAAGAGCAGGGCUCCUCGGAUUUGGGUUUUUUAGGCGAAAUAGACAAUGAAAUUGUCGUUUUGUUAGCUUCUUGUAGUGGGCUCGUGUUCAGAGACAAGACACGAGUUUUUUUUUGGAUUACUUUUUCCUUCCCAUUUUCUUUUAUAGCCAUUUCGUUGUGUUGCAAAUGCAUUUUGCGCAAGAUAACACACAUAAUGUAGAAAGUCCGCCUUUUUCCUUUAACAUUUAAGCUGUACAAUAUAAAUGAAUUAUGUUUUUUAUCGACGUGACGUGUUUUAAGGCAUUGUUUAUGUUAAAACUAACAGACAAAAGCAGCGAUACGGCUCGUAGCUUUAGUUAUACAAAGUUUCAUUAGUGUGUUAGGCUACUGAACGGCAUUUUCCACACAAACUUCGAAAACUUUCCGUAACUGAUGUUCGAUAAGAAAACGCGUAGGCAUGGCAACGCGCUGAACGUUACACUUCAUUUUCCAGAUUCAAAGAGGUGCAGAUUGUUUACAUGACAGGCUACAGACCUUAAGUGGCUUUUAUCAGUAUUUUGCGGUUGUGUUCGAAGGCAGGUAGCAAAAAAGAUGUAUUUCUGUUUCAUUGCUUGAACUUUUCUUCGAGGCGAUGGAGACGCAAAGCAAGUUUCGGAGGAAAAGUUUAUGAAAAGCGUGAUCGAGAAUAGCUGUGUGGUCACCACUUGCAUUCUGGAUCAUCUAUACCUGUGAGGUCUUCUGAGAGAAGGGAAUUACGGGACAGCGCAUUUCAUAAGCAACGCACGUACAGGCAACAUAGCGCGAAUAAACUUUGUGAGCACUGCAGGAAACAUGGAAUGAUUCCCAGGCCAGAAUGGAUGUGGAAUAAAGGAUACCUCAGAGGAAAAGGGCUCCUCAGGGAAGGGUCUUUUGAUUACUCUGCCAACUCUGUUAUCUGCCUCCUUGUUGGAAUUGAGCGUGAUAAUGCUAUAACCCAAUGUUUAACAGAGAUAUGGUGCGGAAAAAGAAUCCCCCUUUGAGAAGCUUUGGCGGUGAGGAAGAGGAGGGUGAGGCGGUGGCUGCCGAGGCCACGGGCCCAGAGAACGGUAACACAGGGAGCCAGGCCUCUGAGCCCGAUAGGCCGAUGGGUGAAGAGCAGGAAGAGCCGUCCUCUCCUGGCCCCAUCAAACCCGACAGGCCUGACUUGCAUUACUCCAUUCACAAAGAGGCUGCCAAUGCAGCGUCCUACCCCAGACUUGAGUGCUCUGAUACUGGGUUGCUAGACUCUGCCACCUCCAUGAUGCAAUCGGAUCAAGAUGAGGAAGGGGACCCAGCUCAGAGCAUGGCUAGAGACAUUGAGGAUGACCGGAAUGGUCUAAGGCCUAUCACCCGAUCAGGCUGCAUCAUUGUACAAAGCUGCACCAGUAAUGGAGAAGAGAGAGACUCCACCCAGAGCUCACCAGCUUUGUUAAACUUUGAGAGCCCUCGUGGAGCUGGUGUAGAAGGCUCCAAAGUCCCACCUGUUACAGUUCAUCCACAGAGGCCCAUAGGGGGAGUAGAGGAGGCCCCUAGUCCUCUGGGUGCUGAGACAGGAGCUCCCCUGCCCUCCUCACCCAAACUGCAGGACUUUAAGUGCAACAUUUGUGGGUAUGGUUACUAUGGCAAUGACCCCACAGACCUGAUCAAACACUUUCGUAAGUACCAUCUUGGCCUGCACAACCGGACGCGUCAGGACGCAGAGUUGGACAAUAAGAUCCUGGCACUACACAACAUGGUGCAGUUCACAGCCCAGACACAGACCAAAGACUCAGCACGGCUCCUCGGCCAGUCAGCUCAGAGUGGCUCUGUGGCAGAAGCACGGUCACCUGGUUCCUCUGUGCUUAACGGUACCUAUGACAUACAGGUUACGUUAGCAGGCACUUUCAUCGGAAUUGGGAGGAAGACACAGGAUUGUCAAGGAAACACCAAGUACUUUCGCUGUAAGUUCUGUAACUUCACCUACAUGGGAAGCUCCUCAGUAGAUCUAGAGCAGCAUUUCCUGGCCACGCACCCAAAUAAGAUGAAGAGCCCACCUCCAUCCAACCCCAACCUUGAGGAGAAGUCUUCUGAGCAGAAGGGGAAUGGCAUGCCAUGCAUAGGGGCUGAUGAGCAGGGAAAGUGGGCAGAUCGAGUGGCAGUGAGGGCAGAAGAUGACUCUGUAGCUGGAUACUCCAUGUCAAUCAGUGCAUCUGACUCCCCAAGACGCACUGGAGUCGACAGCCCAGCUGCGUAUUACUGGUGUAAGUAUUGUAGUUUCAGCUGCGAAGCCAACAGCACGUCUAGGCUUCUGGAGCACUAUGAGAAGAGACACGGUCAGGUGGGCAUCAGGGAGGGAAGUCCAGGGGACAGGGACGGAAAGGCCUGCGAUGGAGAAUCCCAUUUACGGAAGAAGGAACACCAGAGUGGGAAAACUGGGACGGCAGGUGACCCAGAAACAGUAGUAACCAGUUACAACUGUCAGUUCUGUGACUUCCGUUAUUCUAUGACCCAUGGUCCGGAUGUAAUUGUCGUGGCUCCACUUUUGCAUCACUACCAGCGGGCUCACAGUAUUCACAAGUGCACCAUCAAGCAUUGCCCCUUCUGCCCGCGUGGACUCUGCACUCCUGAGAAGCACUUGGGUGAUAUCUCAUACCCCUUUGCUUGCCGUAAGAGCUCGUGCUCACACUGUGCUAUACUUUUGCUGCAGUUGACAGCCGGAGGGACCACUACCCCAUCCCCACCACCUAGAGCAUCCGUCACCCACCUCUGUGACCAGUGCCUUUUCACCUCAACUGAUAUCGAUUUGCUUCUGUUGCACUAUGACAGCACCCACACCCCUCACACCUUACUGGAAGUCAAACCAGAGGGGGAGGGAUUAGGGGAUGGAGAGGCAGGGCCAGGGCGGGACCAUCCCGGAGAUUAUGCCUGCACUAAGUGCCAUUUCUUAACUGAAGUGGAGGAGGAGAUAUUUCGUCACUACAGAAGGGUUCAUGGCUGCUGUCGUUGCCGGCACUGUAGCUUCACUGCCGCUGACACCACAGCACUACUGGACCACUUCAACUCCGCCCACUGCCAGGACUCUGCUGACCCAGCCUCCAUCCCUGCCAACGGCUGCUCCACCCCUUCAACCCUUCGCAUCAAAGAGGAGAGCAAAGGUGAUCUGAAACUCUAUAGCCUGGUGCCUCCAGAGGCCAACCGAUCUGAGGGUGUGAAGAGCGAGGCCCAAGACGAGAAGGCCUGGGUCGAAGCUCUGGUCCCCGGGGUUGGAGGAAUCAGAGGUGGCGAGCAACAUGUGCAGAGCCUGGUUUGGGUGCCCAAAGAACACGCAGGGGAGAUUCUUAGGGGCAGCCCAGCCCCAUUCCCACAAGCAACGUUGGGUCUGCUGAAUGCAGUGGCAGCCGGGGUGAAAGACCAGCAGCAAAACAAGGGGGCUACAAUGCUUGGAGACUCAUCAGCACUGCUGUUCACCCUCAGCACUGAUGCUAAAAGUUACCUGCCUGGGAUGCCACCGAGCAGUGCAGAGAAAGCCGGACAGUACCCAACCUCUACAGAGAGUAAAAGUGCCAAGGAAGAGUCCCAGUCACUCUUACGGAGACGGCGGGGUUCAGGGGUCUUCUGCGCCAACUGUCUGACCACCAAGACCUCAUUGUGGAGGAAGAAUGCCAAUGGUGGCUAUGUGUGCAACGCGUGUGGCCUCUAUCAGAAGCUGCACUCGACCCCCAGACCGCUGAACAUUAUCAAGCAAAACAAUGGUGAGCAGAUCAUCCGUCGGCGGACACGUAAGCGCCUAAACCCUGAUCCUGUACCGUCUGAGCAGGUGGGGUCCAAGCAGCAGCGUGUCAACAGUGAGGAACGCCUUAAUGGCAGCCCUUUGGAGAGAAGAACUGAAGAAUCUGGAUCUGAUGGUUCUUUGUCACGGGCUGAGUCCCAAGUCCAGCUUGGCAAAUUCGAGACUUACAAUUCCUCCGGGACCAAAAGUCACCCGAGUCCCCGCUCCACCCACGCCUUCCUUGUCAACCAGACACUGGAAAUCCACAAGCGUAUGCCUCCACUGCACAUGCACAAGAGCCCUGCAGAUGGAUUAGCUGAGGCUAAUGGACUUGGUGCUGGACCCCAGGGCAGCGAUGGCAAGGGUGGCUCAGAACGGGGCAGCCCUAUCGAGAAGUAUAUGCGUCCAUCAAAGCAGUCCAGCUACUCUCCUCCCGGGAGCCCCAUUGAGAAGUAUCAGUACCCGUUCUUCAGACUACCCUUCCUCCACAAUGAUCUGCAAAGUGAAACAGACUGGUUGCGCUUCUGGACUAAGUAUAAGAUGUCUGUGCCUGGCAACCCGGGCCACUACCUAGGCCACGUGGCUGGCCUUCCCAAUCAGUGCCAAAGCUUUGUGCCUUACCCCACCUUCAGCUUACCACCUCAUUUCCCACCUCCACCGACCUCUGGACCUGAGAGCGAUACCCCACUCGACCUGGCCAUCAAGCAUUCCAAACCCAGUCUGACCCCCAAUGGGGCCCUUGUUGCCAAGGAUAAAGAUGCGGACAAGAAACAGGCAUCACCUGUAUCAGAAAAGGAAAAGGAGAUGGAUCGGCCCAUGGAAGGUGACGAGGACUGUUCUGCUUCACAAGUCUCCAAACUGCAGAAGGUUGAUCAGGCCACACAAGAUGAACUGUCCAGCAAAUGUGUCCACUGUGGCAUUGUCUUCCUAGACGAGGUCCUGUACGCCCUGCACAUGAGUUGCCAUGGUGAUGGUGGGUCCUUCCAGUGCAGUAUCUGCCUUCAUGCUUGCACUGAUAAGUACGAUUUCACAACCCACAUACAGCGAGGCCUCCACCGGGCAGUCCCUGAGGCAAACGCCAGCCCCUCUAACCAAUGAACUUUAUGGUCUAGUAUACCUGCAGUCCUAGCAUAGCUAGAGCAGUGAGGAACCCAAUGGGAGACUUGCCAGUCUAAACAAAUGUAUGAAUGAAUACAUUGAACUUUAUGCUCAAAAUGUGCCAAUAUGGAUCAUGGUGCCUAAUCAACCAAUGUAAGAAACUUCCAUCAGUAUAUCAUUUCUGUGGGAGCUCACAAACAAAAAAGCUAUUAUCUAUUUCCACUUGUAAUGAACAAGAACUGCUUUUGAAUACAUCGGUACAAGUAGCUACUCAAUUUAGAUAUAUUUUCCUUAAUCGAGAUAUGUAAUUUUGACAAGGCAGUUCAGCAAGCAAGGUACAUCUACUCAAAUGUAAUUAUUGCUUUUUUUAUUGUUGCUGUGUGUGUUCACAGAUUUUUGGAAAGUUCUCUUACUUUGUUCUGAUAAAAAAAAAUGAGGAUGUUUCAGCAUGUGUGGUUCACUGUAGGAAAAUGUGGCAGCCGUCUGUCACUAUGGCAACAGCAUAAAUGACUGUCGUCCUCAAAAAAUACAUCCAGCAUCCUCAGGGAAUGUGUGUGGCUGAAAUAGACAACAUUAGAUUAGUCUUACUGUCUCUCAUUAACAUUAUACUAAAUGUCUGAAGUUUUACUGUUUGUUGUUGUGUUUUUGGAAGAGAUAGGUUUAGGUAACUCAAGUCACAAUUCUAUCAAAACUUUUAAGCUGCUGCCUUAGUUGCUUGAAUGAAUGCAAUUCUUGUUACUCUAGAAAUUUGGGAAGGAAUUUAAAAAAUAAUAAUAAUUUCUAGGUUGUUAAUAGUAAAAUCAUAUUAUCAGUGCCUGAUAUAUUGUCCAAAGUAUUUUCUACAUGAAAUGUUAAUAUGCAACAUUGAACUUGCAUCUGAAUAAGGGCCCUCAGCUUGGCUCUGAAAAACGUUUACAUUUGCAAAUGUAGCAACACCUGCUAUUUUGACUUAACUUUUUCCACGAAAACUGUAAAACAUACAAUUUUAUUUCUUUUCCUCCAAAGGUGGAACAUUUAACAAAAGUACUAUGUUUUGUUUUUCUCGUCGUCCUUGGCCGCAAAAGGGCACUAUGCAUUCCAAGCGUCGUCCUUUCCUGUUACCUCUCCUUACCAUGUACUUUUGCUUUGUAGAUGAAGUAACUUGUUGUAUUGGACUAAAGUCUUCCUGUAUUUUUCUCCUGCUCUUCUGAUACUUCAAUUCAAGGGAAGCUGAUCAGGCUGUGCUUUAUUUGGUAUUUUUGGGAGUCAAGGCUCUAACUAAUAACACGUAGCAAGUCUAAAUUUACUCCGUUCCACCUCUAAUUCUCAGAUUAGUUUUCAGUGGUUUUACCAACAGAAAUACAAUUGAAAAUACAUUAUAAUUAAAUAAAAAUUGUUUUAAAGACUGAUGUUGAUGAAACUUUGAAAUUGCAGGUGUUUCUGGUGCCUUUCAAUGGCAGUUGUCUUAAAGAGACAUAACAUUGUUCUUUAUAGUCUUGUUUCACCUGGCUGUGCAUUGGUUUAUGCUCAUUUUGCCAUUUUUAUCAUGAGGAGUGGACAACUGUCUACCUCUACAACAACAACAAAAAUCUUAAAUUGUAAGGAGCUCAAAAGUAAUCUCUAAUCAGAAACAUAAUUUAUCAAGUCAACUGCUUGAUAUAUUGCAAAGCCAUUUAUGCAUCUCUUCAGCUUUCCAUUCUGUUUUAAUAGAAAAUAGGCUUUAAAUAAUGUCAACAUCCCUUGACAAAUGUCUUCUUUUUUUGUUUUGUCCUCUCAUCUAUGCUUCUACACGCUUGCCCCUUUUCAUGGCCAUAUGUUCAAUGAGUUGGGUCUAGUCUGACCUUAUUUAUAUCAAAAGGAUAAAGGGAGAGAGGUUCAGGCUACAAAAGUCUAAUUUGCUCUCUGUAUUUCUCUGAAACUAACCUUACUACGCUGCUUAUCUUCAAAUGCCUCUUGGAAAAAUGAUUAUUAUAAACCAUUCCUUUACACCAGACCAUUUAUACAGAUGGGUGUUAUAUAACUUAAAGAAUUGUUUAUUUUUAUGUUUUGUUUUAUCUCUAAAUGGCCAUUCUUUCUCUUUAAUUUGAAAAUAUGUUCAUGCUUGCACUUCAGUUACUCUGAUUAUUGGAAAGGAAGAAAGAUUAAAUGUGUUAUUAGCAUGCUAAGUACAGGUACUGCAUUAUAAUAAAUAAAAGAGAUCUUGCCUAUUUUUGAAGGUCUUGUGCAAGGCUUUAGCAAUAUUAAAACACAAGGAGUAUUUGUUGAAGCCUGUAAGCUUGUUUGGCCAGGGUCAAGGCAAAGGGCAUAAAUAUGUAAAUGUUUUAACCAUUAUUCUUAGAAUGUUAUUGUUUUUACACUUGCUGCAUUUUAAGUGCAUAGAUGAUGAUGAUUUAGGACUUAUUUUUCUUUUUACCUGCCACCUUAACUUUGUUUUUAUUUUUGUGUGGUAGGUUUUUACAUGCAAAAAGAUUCAAUAAAAAUGGCAAAGAUGUCUGUUACAUCUAAACUUGAAUAAUAAUAAUAAUAAUGAUGAUGACGAUGAUGAUAAUAAUAAUUAAUAAAAUAAUAAAACAUUU